GAAUUUGUUUUCUAAGCUGUUCGCGUCAGUGUAUUGAUGUACUCUCUCAGUUUACGCCAAAAGAGCCAAGGUGUUGCGUUUAAAUUAACAAAACUAUGAAUGGAAAAUUAUAAGAAGGCCACCAUACAAGUAGAGAACUAUAAUAUUGACUAUUUAACUAGGUAUUUUAAAUCCAAAACGGAAGAUUCCAAUUUUCUUGACCAACUUCCGCCAGACAUAUUGUUACAUAUUUUCUGUUUUCUUAACGUGGAUGAGCGCUUAAGACUAGCAUGUGUAUGUAGGUCAUGGAGAGAUUUGAUCCACAACACACCCCACUUGUGGCGCAACAGCCAACUAAAACUUUGCUGCGACUGCGAAUGUGUGCAAUGGAGAAGAACAUUCUCUUCCGUAAAGCGAUUCGCAAGCCAUUUCCGGGAGUUAUCAAUCUCCUGCAGUCAUCACAAUAACCACGCUGGCUGCAAAAUUCUUGCCGCGGAGUUCCAGAAACUUGUGCUUUGUAUACACGAUCCGGUUCUGACGUCAUUGAAGAUAACUGAUCUACGACUGCAGGGUUCUCUCUCUAAAACCGUUUCCGGUAUCAGUGAGGUUCUGACGUGCAUGCUCUCCAGUCUUGACCGUCUGCAGUGUUUCAAAAUGUCGUCUGCGCAAUGGCCGCUACAUGAAGGCAUCAAGGUCAUCGACACCGUCUUGACCGUGUCCAGAGGAACCCUCCAGUCUCUGGUCAUCGACGGGUUCUUUGAGGCGACUUCUUUAGCCCAGAGACCGGCUGAGUUUGACCGAGUGACCAACGGCAUCCUUUCUCUCAACCGCUUGACAAAACUAGGCAUCGACUACGGUCUUCUGACGGAUGAAUUUGUGACUACGCUCUCCGGGUCACACGCAGGGCAGAUUAGUAAAUUAAAACUAGUCAUAAGCGGCUUACAGGAUUACUACUUGCCUAAGAUCGCACACGAAUGUUGGUUAAAAUUGACUGAGGCUUGUCCAACAAUGAAGGUUGCCUUUACUUUGGAUAUCUGGGUUUUAGACCUGGCACAAUCUUACGUCGAUAUACUAGAUCCUGCCUUACCUAUCUACAAACUGCGGCUAACCUAUGGGUUAAGAUUCGCUGCUUCGUUCUGGAGUUGCGGCUAUCCUAGUUACAAGCUGAAAUAUAUCGUCAAACAUUUCAGGCAUAGUCUUGUAAAACUGGAGGCUGAUACAUUCAACGAAGAAGACAGGCUCCUAUGUAGCACACUUCUCAAUCAUGGCACAAUGGACGAGGCUGUUCUACACUUCGUGACACAUUGUUACCGUUUGCUGCAUGUUAAGUUCUCAGCUCUCUUUGAAAACCCAGAGAAAGUUGAAAUGGCUGCAAAGAAGGUGACGCAGGGGAGGCUACUGCGAGAUUUGAAAAAGACCAUCAGCAACAAACGACGUAAAAUGAAACAGGCCAGUGGUCUAGGUACAAACGGAUCAAAGCCGCCGACGUCCAAGAAGAUCAAGCUAUAGCAUACUGGAUCUUAUGCACGAAUUGUUUUUAAAGACUCUAGCUCCGAGUUACGUGUAACGUGAAUGCUAACAAAGACUUU